AUGAACGUCUUCCGGCUCGCAGGUGACAUGAGCCACCUCUUCGCCAUGAUCCUUCUCAUCUCCAAGAUUUGGACGACGAAGUCAGUUCGCGGUCUUUCCGGCAAAUCACAGCUUCUCUUCCUCGUCGUCUUUUUGUCUCGCUACUUGGACCUUUUCACCAGCUACAUCUCCAUCUACAACACCUGCAUGAAAGUGAUCUACAUUCUCCUCUCCGUCGCCACCGUCUACUUCAUCUACGGCAAGUUCGCUUCGACCCACAACCGCGAGGACGACAAAUUCCGAAUGAUCUUCAUCAUCGUUCCUGCCCUCGGCCUCGCCUUUUUGAUCCACCACGAGUUCUCGGCGAUGGAAGUGCUUUGGACCUUUUCGAUCUAUCUCGAGUCCGUCGCCAUCAUUCCCCAGCUCCAGAUGAUCGCCGACACCGGCGAGGCGGAAGUCAUCACUAGUCACUACCUCUUCUUCCUCGGAAUUUACAGAUUCCUUUACCUCGGCAACUGGCUCUACCGAUACCACAACGAGGCGUAUUUUGACAAGAUCGUCGUCGUCGCCGGCUGCAUUCAAACCGUUCUCUACCUGGACUUCUUCUACUUGUACAUCACCAAAGUCCUUUCCGGAAAACGACUGACCAUCCCAACUGGCAGCGAGAAAGUCUAA